AUGCCUGUCGCCCCGCGGUUCGCGUUCUCGACGCUUUCCUCUUUGUCUUCCGCACUCCCUCUCUUCUCGUCUUCGUCUCGCGUGUCUUCUGCCUUGCCCUGCGCGGCGUUUUCUUCUCUGCGCUCGCCUGCGUCUCGUCUCUGUGGCGGCGCUUCGUUGCCUUCUUUUUGGCGCCCUUCGCCGCCUUCCGGAGGCGUCUUCUCUCCGGCCCCAAGCGCGCAGCCGAGGCGACCGGCGAUCCCGUCCCGCGAGACGGCUCUCUGGGGGUUCACGAUCUUCGUCAACCCCGACACUGCGCCAGACAACAAGGACUUGAUCGUCGGCACCUACAACCGCAUGUGCAUAUCGCAGGGACACAUUCGGCGCAUCCGCGAAAACCGCCGCCGGGUGAAGCGCGUGACGCGCGGUGAAGGGGGCAGCUUCGCAGUGCUCAAGCGCCGGAAGGAGAGGUACUGGGAGAUGCGGAAGACUCGCGAAACCGCCAGGCGCGUCCUCUGGACGGACAUCGGCAAGCUCCGCUACGGGCAACUCCGCCGGCUCAUCGAGGCCCUACACACCAACGUGACGCUCGAGGAACGAAAGCUGCGCCAGGAGACCGGCGAACAAGCGCCGCCGAGCGCGCGCGAGGCCGCCGCGCCGCUCUCUAGAACGGGAAGCCCGUAG